GUACCUCUAUGACGUCACCGUUUAUCAAGGCGGGACAGACGCCCAGAUGUUCGGAUUGAACAAAGCUGAACUGGGUCUUGAAUGUAAACCCGUGCGCGACCAUUUCCAGUCAAACGCGCCGUUUCUUGGGCGCAAGAAGGUCAUGAAAAUAGAAGGUCAUGAAAAUGAAAAGAGACAGUAAAAAGGCGGAAGAAAAGGGUGAGUUAUUCCAACCAUCGCAACAAUUUCAGUAUAGGCAGUCACGAAUCAGUGGUGGAAAAAGUACCCAAUUGUCAUACGAGUAAAAGUAAAGAUACCUUAAUAGAAAAUGACUCAAGUAAAAGUGAAAGUCACCCAGGAAAAUACUACUUGAGUAAAAGUCUAAAAGUAUUUGGUUUUAUAUAUACUUAAGUAUCAAAAGUAAAUGUAAUUGCUAAAAUAUACUUACAGUGGGGGAAAAAAGUAUUUAGUCAGCCACCAAUUGUGCAAAUUCUCCCACUUAAAAAGAUGAGAGAGGCCUGUAAUUCUCAUUACAUUUACAUUUUACAUUUUAGUCAUUUAGCAGACGCUCUUAUCCAGAGCGACUUACAGGAGCAAUUAGGGUUAAGUGCCUUGCUCAAGGGCACAUUUACGUCAUUUAGCAGACGCUCUUAUCCAGAGCGACUCACAAAUUGGUGCGUUCACCAAUUUAGAAGGAUUACUUUAUCCUAUCCCAGGUAUUCCUUAAAGAGGUGGGGUUUCAAAUGUCUCCGGAAGGUGGUGAGUGACUCCGCUGUCCUGGCGUCGUGAGGGAGCUUGUUCCACCAUUGGGGUGCCAGAGCAGCGAACAGUUUUGACUGGGCUGAGCGGGAACUAUGCUUCCGCAGAGGAAGGGGAGCCAGCAGGCCAGAGGUGGAUGAACGCAAUGCCCUCGUUUGGGUGUAGGGACUGAUCAGAGCCCGAAGGUACAGAGGUGCCGUUCCCCUCACUGCUCCAUAGGCAAGCACCAUGGUCUUGUAGCGGAUGCGAGCUUCAACUGGAAGCCAGUGGAGUGUGCGGAGGAGGGGGGUGACGUGAGAGAACUUGGGAAGGUUGAACACCAGACGGGCUGCGGCAUUCUGGAUGAGUUGUAGGGGUUUAAUGGCACAGGCAGGGAGGCCAGCCAACAGCGAGUUGCAGUAGUCCAGACGGGAGAUGACAAGUGCCUGGAUUAGGACCUGUGCCGCUUCCUGUGUAAGGCAGGGUCGUACUCUCCGGAUGUUGUAGAGCAUGAACCUGCAGGAGCGGGUCACCGCCUUGAUGUUGGCGGAGAACGACAGGGUGUUGUCCAGGGUCACGCCUAGGCUCUUCGCACUCUGGGAGGAGGACACAGCGGAGUUGUCAACCGUGAUGGCGAGAUCAUGGAACGGGCAGUCCUUCCCCGGGAGGAAGAGCAGCUCCGUCUUGCCAGGGUUCAGCUUGAGGUGGUGAUCCGUCAUCCAUACUGAUAUGUCUGCCAGACAUGCAGAGAUGCGAUUCGCCACCUGGUUAUCAGAAGGGGGAAAGGAGAAGAUUAGUUGUGUAUCGUCAGCGUAGCAAUGAUAGGAGAGGCCAUGUGAGGAUAUGACAGAGCCAAGUGACUUGGUGUAUAGGGAGAAAAGGAGAGGGCCUAGAACUGAGCCCUGGGGGACACCAGUGGUGAGAGCACGUGGUGCGGAGACAGCUUCUCGCCACGCCACUUGGUAGGAGCGACCGGUCAGGUAGGACGCAAUCCAGGAGUGAGCCGCGCCGGAGAUGCCCAGCUUGGAGAGGGUGGAGAGGAGGAUCUGAUGGUUCACAGUAUCAAAGGCAGCAGACAGGUUUAGAAGGACAAGAACAGAAGAGAGAGAGUUACACGUCAACUAUGACAGACAAAAUGAGGAAAAAAAUCCAGAAAAUCACAUUGUAGGAUUUUUAAUGAAUUGAUUUGCAAAUUAUGGUGGAAAAUAAGUAUUUGGUCAAUAACAAAAGUUUCUCAAUACUUUGUUAUAUACCCUUUGUUGGCAAUAACACAGGUCAAACGUUUUCUGUAAGUCUUCACAAGGUUUUCACACACUGUUGCUGGUAUUUUGGCCCAUUCCUCCAUGCAGAUCUCCUCUAGAGCAGUGAUGUUUUGGGGCUGUCGCUGGGCAACACAGACUUUCAACCCUCCAAAGAUUUUCUAUGGGGUUGAGAUCUGGAGACUGGCUAGGCCACUCCAGGACCUUGAAAUGCUUCUUACGAAGCCACUCCUUCGUUGCCCGGGCGGUGUGUUUGGGAUCAUUGUCAUGCUGAAAGACCCAGCCACGUUUCAUCUUCAAUGCCCUUGCUGAUGGAAGGAGGUUUUCACUCAAAAUCUCACGAUACAUGGCCCCAUUCAUUCUUUCCUUUACACGGAUCAGUCGUCCUGGUCCCUUUGCAGAAAAACAGCCCCAAAGCAUGAUGUUUCCACCCCCAUGCUUCACAGUAGGUAUGGUGUUCUUUGGAUGCAACUCAGCAUUCUUUGUCCUCCAAACACGACGAGUUGAGUUUUUACCAAAAAGUUAUAUUUUGGUUUCAUCUGACCAUAUGACAUUCUCCCAAUCCUCUUCUGGAUCAUCCAAAUGCACUCUAGCAAACUUCAGACGGGCCUGGACAUGUACUGGCUUAAGCAGGGGGACACGUCUGGCACUGCAGCAUUUGAGUCCCUGGCGGCGUAGUGUGUUACUGAUGGUAGGCUUUGUUACUUUGGUCCCUGCUCUCUGCAGGUCAUUCACUAGGUCCCCCUGUGUGGUUCUGGGAUUUUUGCUCACCGUUCUUGUGAUCAUUUUGACCCCACGGGGUGAGAUCUUGCGUGGAGCCCCAGAUCGAGGGAGAUUAUCAGUGGUCUUGUAUGUCUUCCAUUUCCUAAUAAUUGCUCCCCCAGUUGAUUUCUUCAAACCAAGCUGCUUACCUAUUGCAGAUUCAGUCUUCCCAGCCUGGUGCAAAAUCUACAAUUUUGUUUCUGGUGUCCUUUGACAGCUCUUUGGUCUUGGCCAUAGUGGAGUUUGGAAUGUGACUGUUUGAGGUUGUGGACAUGUGUCUUUUAUACUGAUAACAAGUUCAAACAGGUGCCAUUAAUACAGGUAACGAGUGGAGGACAGAGGAGCCUCUUAAAGAAGAAGUUACAGGUCUGUGAGAGCCAGAAAUCUUGCUUGUUUGUAGGUGACCAAAUACUUAUUUUCCACCAUAAUUUGCAAAUAAAUUCAUUAAAAAUCCUACAAUGUGGUUUUCUGGAUUUUUUUUUCUCAAUUUGUCUGUCAUAGUUGACGUGUACCUAUGAUGAAAAUUACAGGCCUCUCUCAUCUUUUUAAGUGGGAGAAAUUGCACAAUUGGUGGCUGACUAAAUACUUGUUUUCCCCACUGUAAGUAUCAAAAGUAAAAGUAUGAAUCAUUUAAAAUUCCUUAUAUUAAGCAAACCAGACGGCACCAUUUUUAUGUUUUUUAAAUUUAUGGAUAGCCAGGGGCACACUCCAAUACUCAGACAUCAUUUACAAACAAAGCAUGUGUGUUAAAGCAUGUGUGUUUAGUGAGUUCGUCAGAUCAGAGGCAGUGGGGAUGACCAGGGGUGUUCUCUUGAUAAGUGCUUGAAUUUGACCAUUUUCCUGUCCUGCUCAGCAUUCAAAUUGCAACGAGCACUUUUGAGUGUCAGGGAAAAUGUAUGGAGUAAGAAGUGCACUAUUUUCUUUAGGAAUAUAGUGAAGUAAAAGUAAAAGUUGUCAAAAAUAUAAAUAGUAACAUAAAGUACAGAUACCCCAAAAAACUACUUAAGUAGUACUUUCAAGUAUUUUUACUUAAGUACUUUACACCCCUGUCAAUAUGUGAAAUACUUUUGUCAAACCAAAGCCAACGUUGUUGGCCUUCUCGUUUUUGCAUUUACAGUAGGCCUACAUCAACAUUCAAAAGUUGCUGCAAAAGUAUAAGUCCUUUGACCAACUUUCUGUCCGAAAGAACCGUGUGCUUAAUUUCUCCUCUUAUUUUAGGGUAUGCCGCUCCCUAUGAUCCAUUCUUCAGCGGACCAGUACGAAAGAGGUUUGUGCAGGCUCAUCAAGGUUUUUUUGUUGCCUUCAUUCAAUCUCGAUUGCCAUUAGGCCUAUUUAUGGUUUGCGUUCCAAAUAGCAGCCUAUUGCCUACGCUAGUGCAGUACUUUUGUCCAGGGUCUGUAUAGGUUGUCAUUUGGGACACAUGCAUACAGUUUUUAUUUUAAUUGUUUUAUUAGCAUAGAUACAAAAGCGCAGCUAAACUCACAGCAUAUGCAGAAGCACACACAUCAUAUGCUGUAGCAUACAAAAUCGCACUCACAUUACAUCUGUCUAGAUUUGUGUACAACUCUUUUGAAGGCGGACAUGCUAGCUAGCUGUCAUGUGGAUUAAGUCCACCUUGUUCAAGCAUAUGAAUCAGCUGAUUUAAUUUCUUCAUGUCAUUCCAGGAGCUGCACAGAUCUGAUCUGCUGCAUACUGUUCUUGGCUGUCAUAGCUGGCUAUAUGGUCAUGGGAGUUCUGGGUAGGGAAGUCUUCAUCAUCAUUUGAAGAUGACAUGACUGUCAUCAUCUGGUGUCUGUUUUAUCCCUUGCUCAUCUAAAAAGUCUGUAUCUGAUAGUCAAUGUCAACAUGACAAUGAGAGAGACGAUUCCCCUGUAUACUGUUCGGCCAUCUUUUUAGUGUACAGCACAGUAAGCCUAGCUAGCUACAUCAACUAAACCACUGUGAAAGUUCACAGGAGCAGAACUCUAAAUGUAAUGGAAGUGUGUCAUAUGAUUGUCUCUGGUUCUUCCUCUCUCCCUCCAUCAGCCUGGUUGUUUGGAGACCCUCGCCAUGUUCUCUUCCCCAGGAACUCCACCGGAAUGUUCUGUGGAGCAGGGAUGAAUAGGUGAGUAGACCUAUGUUAUGUCUACCAGGUUAUAGGCCCUAUGUUAUGUCUACCUAGCUAUAGGCCCUAUGUUAUGUCUACCUAGCUAUAGGCCCUUUUGUUUGUCUACCUAGUAUAGGCCCCCAUGUUAUGUCUACCUAGCUAUAGGGCCCCAUGUUAUGUUUACCAGGUUUUUUAGGCCCCCUUUUUUAGUUUUACCCAGUUUUAGGCCCUUGUUAUGUCUCCCACCCAGGUUAAAGGGCCCUUUUGUUAUGUCUACCAGGGAUAGGCCCUAGUUAGUCUACCUAAAUUUUAGGCCCCAAAGGGGUUUUUACCAGGUAUAGGGCCCCAUUUUUUAUGUCUACCUAGGGUAUAGGGCCCCUUUUUAUGUCUACCAAAGGAUAGGCCCUAGGGUUUGGGUUUCCCAGGUUUUAGGCCCUUGUUAUGUCUACCAGGUUUUUAGGCCCUAGUUAGUCUACCUAGCUAUAGGCCCCCCAUGUUAUGUUUUCCUAGUAUAGGCCCCAUGGGUUUUGUUUACCAGGUUUAGGCCCUAUGUUAGUCUACCAGGUUUUGGGGCCUAUGUUAUGUUUCCAGGUUUUAGGCCUAUGUUAUGUCUACCCAGCUAUAGGCCCUAUGUUUGGGGCUACCUAGCUUUUAGGCCCUAUUUUUAUGUUUCCUGGUUUUUAAGGGCCCCAAAGGGUUUUGUCUUUUCCAGGGGGGGAGGGCCCCCUUUUUUAUGUACCUAGCUAUAGGCCCAUGAGGGUUUCCUAGCUAUGGCCCCCUAUGUUUUGUUACCAGGUUUUAGGCCCCAUGUUAUGGGUUUCCAGGUUAUAGGCCCCCAGGGUUUUGUUACCCGGUUUUAGGGGGCCCCAUGUUUUGUAUUUCCCAAACUAUAGGGCCCCAUGUUUUGUCUACCCCAGCAUAGGCCCCAUGUUUUUGUUAAACCCAGCUAAGGCCCUAGGUUUUGUUACCAGGUUUUAGGCCCCAUGUUAUGUUACCAGGUAUUUGGGGGGAGUUAUGUCUACCCAGCUAUAGGCCCUAUGUUUUGUUUACCGCUAAGGGCCCCAGUUAUGUCUACCAAACUUAUAGGGGCCUAUGUUAUGUCUACCAAGGAAAAGGCCCCUAUGGAGUUUACCUAGCUAUAGGCCCCAUGUUAUGUUACCCAGCUAUAGGCCCAUGUUAGUUUACCUAGCUAUAGGCCCUAUGUUAUGGGCACCUAGCUAUAGGCCCCAUGGAGGGCUACCAGGAUAGGCCCCUAUGUUUUUGUUAACCCAGUAAGGCCCCAUGUUAGUUACCAGUAUAGGCCCCAGGUUUUGUCUUUUCCUAGUAUAGGCCCCAUGUUUGUCUACCAGGUUUUAGGCCCUAUGUUUUGGUUUCCUAAACUUAGGCCCUAUGUUUUGGUUUCCUAGCUAUAGGCCCUUGUUUUGUAUUACCUGCUAUUUUGGCCCCCAUGUUAUGUCUAAACCUAGCUAUAGGGGCCUUUUGUUAUUUUUACCCUAGGCCCCAUUUUUGGCCCCUUGUAUGUUUUUUACCAAAGGUUUAUAGGCCCCAAUGUUAGUUACCUAGUAUGGGCCCCUUGUUAUGUUUACCAGGUAUAGGCCCUAUGUAUGUCUACCAGGUAAGGCCCUAUGUUUGUUACCCAGGUAAGGCCCUAUGUUAUGUUUAAUAGCUAUAGGCCCCAGUUUUUGUCUAAACCAGCUAUAGGCCCUAUGUUUUUGUUUUACCUAGUUUCCUUUUUUGCUAUAGGCCCUUUUGUUUUGUCUACCUAGCUAUAGGCCCAUGUUAUGUUACCAGGUUUUAGGGGCCCCAGUUAUGUUACUAGGCCCAUAAAGGGCCCAUGUUAUGUUUCCUAGCUAUAGGCCCCAUGGGAUGUUAACCCAAACUUUUAGGGGCCCAUGUUAUGUCUACGGUUUAGGCCCAUGUUUUGUCACCAGUUUUAGGCCCUUUGUUUUGUUCUCCUAAACUUAGGCCCCAUGGUUUUGUUUACCAGGUUUUAGGCCCCAUGUUAUGUUCCUAGCUAUAGGCCCUAGGGGGGUUACCUUUGCUAUAGGGGGCCCCAUGUUAUGUCACCAAAUAUAGGCCCUUUGUUAUGGGGGACCUAAGCUAUAGGCCCCCUUUUUAUGUCACCGGUUUUAGGGGCCCCAUUGGGGAUGUCUACCGGUUUUAGGCCCUUUUGUUUGUACUAGCUAUAGGCCCUAUGUUAUGUCUACAUUAUGGCCCAUGUUAUGUCACCCAGUUAGGCCCCUUUUUAUGCUACCGGUUUUAGGCCCUAGUUAUGGUUAAACCAGGUUUUAGGGGGCCUAUGUUAGUUUUUCCAGGUUUUAGGCCCCAUGUUAUGUUUACCAGGUUUUGGGGCCCAUUUUUAGUCCUAGCCCUUUGGCCCCAUGUUAUGUUUACCCAGGUAUAGGCCCCUUUAGUCUACCUAGCUAUAGGCCCUAUGUUAUUUUCUACCUGCUAUAGGCCCUUUUAGUUACCAGGAUAGGCCCUUUUUUAGUCUACAGUAUAGGCCCCAUUUAUGUUAAACCCAGACCCCAGAGGGCCCAUGGUAUUGGGGUUUCCAGUUUAGGCCCCUUUUUAGUCUCCUAGUAUAGGCCUAUGUUAUGUCUACCAAACAUAGGCCCUUUUGUUAUGUUUACCUAGCUAUAGGGGCCCCGUUUUGUUUACCUAGCAUAGGCCCUAUGGUUUUUAUACCCAAGCUAAGGCCCCAUGUUUUUUUCACCUAGUAUUGGGGCCCCAUGUUUGUUUACCCAGCUAUGGCCCCAUGUUAGGGCUUUCCUAGCUAUAGGGCCCCAUGUUAUGUUACCAGAUAGGCCCUAUUUUUUUAUGUUACCUAGCUAUAGGCCCAUGUUAGGGCUUCCAGGUUUUUUAGGCCCUUGUUAGGGGCUACCUAGUAUAGGCCCCAUUUUGUUUACCCUAAGGGUAUAGGCCCCCUUUUUUAUGUCUACCAGGUUUUAGGCCCUUGUUAGUUACCCAAACAUAGGCCCCCAUGUUAUGUCUACUAGCAAGGCCCUAUUUUUUAUGUUUUACCAGCUAUAGGCCUAUUAUGUCUUUCCUAGCUAUAGGCCCUGUUAUGUUACCUAGCUAUAGGGGCCCAUGUUAUGUCUACCAGGUUUUAGGCCCUAUGUUAGUCUAAAUACUUUUAAACCCCUUGUUAUGUUACCAGGUUUUCGGCCCCAUGUUAAAGUCUACCAGGUAAGGGGCCCCAUGUUUUGGAUACCUAGCUUAGGCCCAUGUUUUCUACCCGGUUUUAGGCCCUUUUGGGUUUUGGUUUUACCUAGAUAUAGGCCCCCAUGUUAUGUUAAACCCAGCUAUAGGCCCUAUGUUAUUUCUACCAGGUUUUAGGCCCUAUGUUUGUUAAUUUACCCCAAGCUAAUAGGGACCCAUUUGUUAUGUAUACCCGUUUUGCCUUUUAGGCCCUUUUGUUAUGUCUAAAGGUUUUAAAGGGCCCCCUUUUUAUGUUCCCAGCAUAGGCCCCCAGUUAUGUUUCCUAGCUUUUAGGCCCUAUGUUAUGGGCUACCCCGGUUAUAGGCCCAUGUUAUGUCUACCUAGUAUAGGCCCCAUGUUAUGUUACCUAGUAUAGGCCCCCCUUUUUUAUGUUACCCUAGCUAUAGGCCCUAUGUUAUGUUUUACCAGGUUAUAGGGCCCUAGUUAGGGCUACCUUUGUAUAGGCCCCCAUUUUCUACCUUUGCUAUAAAGGGCCCCCUGUUAUGUCUACCAGGUUAAGGCCCAUGUUAUGUCUACCUGCUAUAGGCCCUAUGUAUGGUCUACCAGGUUUUAGGCCCAUGUUAUGUCUACCAGGGGUUUUAGGCCCAUGUUAUGUUACCAUUUUAGGCCCCUAUUUAUGUCUACCCCCGGUUUUUUAAAGGGCCCAUGUUAUGUCUACCAGCUUUUGGCCCUAUUUUAUUUUCUAACCAGGUUUUAGGCCCAUGUUUUUGUCUUUCCUAGCUAUAGGCCCUAUGUUAUGUUUUCCUAGCUUUGGCCCUAUGUUUUGUUACCAGGUUUUUAGGCCCAUGUUAUGUCUACCAGGUUUUGGCCCAUGUAUGUCUACAGGUUAAAUAGGCCAUAUGUUUUUGUCACCAGGUAUAGGCCCUAGUUAUUUUCUACCUAGCUAUAGGCCCCCGUUAUGUCUACCUAGCUAUGGCCCUAUGUUAGUCUACCUAGUAUAGGCCCUAUGUUUUUUGUUUUACCCAAGGCUUUUAGGCCCUAUGUUAUGGUUCUUCCCAAGGGUUUUUAGGGGCCCCAUUUUUAUGUUACCUAGCUAUAGGCCCUAUGUUUGUUUUACCUAGCUUAGGGCCCCAUGUUUGUCUCCUAGAUAUAGGCCCCAUGUUUUGUUUCCAGCUAAGGCCCUAUGUUAUGUUAAAAGGUUUUGGACCUAUGUUAUGUCUACCUAGCUAUAGGCCCUAUGUUUUGGGCUACCAGGUUUUAGGCCCCAUGUUAUGUCUACCUAGCAUAGGCCUAGUUAUGUCAAACCAGGUUUUUAGGCCCUAUGGGUUUUGUUACCUAGUAUAGGCCCCAUGUUAUGUCUACCCAGUAUAGGCCCCAGGGUUUUGUUACCAGGUUUUAGGCCCCCAUUUUUUAUGUUCCCCCGGUUAUAGGACUAUGGAUGUUACCUGCUUAGGCCCUUUUGUUAUGUUACCCAGCUAUGGCCCUAUGUUUUGUCUUUUAAAAAUUUUGGCCCUAUGUUAUGUUAAACCCAGCUAUAGGCCCUAUGUUAUGUUACCUAGGCCUUUGGCCCCAGUUAUGUUACCUAGCUAUAGGCCCUAUGUUAUGUCUCCCCAGUAUAGGCCCCAUGUUAUGUUUUUAAACCCGGUUAUAGGCCCUAUGUUUUGUCUACCCAGUAUAGGCCCUAGGGGAUGUCUUUCCAGGUUUUAGGCCUAUGUUAUGUCUACCCCGGUUUAAAGGGCCCUAUGUUAUGCUACCAGGUUUUUAGGCCCUAUGUUUUUGUUACCUUUAUAGGCCCAGUUAGUUACCUAGUAAGGCCCCCAUGUUAUGUCUACCCAGCUAUAGGCCCCCAGGUUUUGUCUUACCUAGCUAUAAGGGGCCCCAUGUUAUGUUACCAGGUUUUAGGCCCUAUGGUUUUGUCUUCCAGGUUUUAGGGCCCCAUGUUUUUGUUACCAGGUUUUAGGCCUAUGUUAUGUUUUAAACCCGGUUAUAGGCCCUUUUGGUUAAUUUUGGGUUUUUUACCUAGCUAUAGGGGCCCCAUUUUAUGUCUACCAGCUAUAGGCCCUAGUUAUUUUAAACCCAGUAUAGGGCCCCAUGUUAGUCUACCAGGUUUUAAAGGCCCCAGUUAUGCACCAGGUUUUAGGCCCCUUUUUUUAUACCAGGUUAUAGGCCCUAUGUUUGUUACCAGCUAUAGGCCCUAUGUUUUGUCUACCUAAACUUAGGCCCCAGGGUUUUGGGUUUUCCCAGCAUUAAAGGGCCCCUUUUUUGGGCUACCUAGUAUAGGCCCUAGGUUAUGUUACCAGUUUUAGGCCCUAUGUUAUGUUUUCCUAGCUAUAGGCCCUAGUUAUGGGUUAAACCAGGUUUUAGGCCCCAUGUUAUGUCUACCGGGGGAAAGGCCCAUGUUUUGUUACCUAGCUAUUUUGGGGCCCCCUGUUAUGUCACCAGGUUAUAGGCCCUUUUUGUUUAACCUGUUUUAGGCCCUAGUUAGUCUACCAGGUUAGGCCCUAUGUUAUGUCUAAACCCACUAUAGGGGCCCCAUGUUAUGUUUACCAGCUAUGGCCCAUGUAUGUCUUUUCCUAGCUAUAGGCCCUAUGUUAGUCUACCAAACCAUAGGCCUAUGGUUUUGUCCCACCAUAAGGGGCCCCUUUUUAGUCUACCUAAACUAUAGGCCCUAUGUUAGUAUACCAGGUAUAGGCCCUAUGUUAUGUUACCGGUUUUUAGGCCCCCAUGUUAUGUUACCAGGAUAGGCCCCCCUGUUAGUCUACCAGGGUUUUGGCCUUUUGUUAUGUUUUACCUAGCUAUAGGCCCCAUGUUAUGUCUUUCCUAGCUUUUAGGCCAUGUUAUGUCUUUACAGCUAUAGGCCCCAGGGUUUCAAGGGGGGGGGGUUAUUGUCACCAAUUGGCCCCGUUUUUCCCAAUUAAAAGGAUGAAAGAGGCCCCGUUAAAUUUUCAAUCAUAAAGGUUUUUAACACCGUUUUAAACCCCAGGACCAGCAAAAUGAGAAAGGAUAACCCCGGAAAUUUUAAUUGUUUGGAUUUUUAAAGUUUCCCCUUGGCCCAAAAGAUGGGGGAAAAAAUUUUUGUUUUGUUGGCCCCAAAUUUUAAAAAAGGGUUUCCCAAAAUUUGUUAUAAAAAACCCUUUGUUUAAAAGGAACAAGGGGAAAGGGCCCCCUUUUUUAAGUUUCCAAAUUUUACCCAGUUUUCUUAUUUUGGCCAGUUAUGGUCUCCUCUAAAAGGCCCGUUAUGUUUGGGGCCCCGUUUGGGGGAAAACCCGGUUAAACCCCCCCAAGUUAUUUUAAGGGGGUUAAGUCUAAAAAUGGCCCCAGGCCCCUUCCAGGAAACCCCUUUUUAAAAGCUUCCUUUCAAGGCCCAACUCCUGUUGGGCCCCCGGGGUUUGUUUGGGAUUCCCUUUUGUCAUGCUUGGAAAGAUUUUAACAAGGGUUUCCCCCCCCAAUUUUUUGCUAUGGAAGGAGGGUUUUCACCCCAAAAAUUUUCGAUAAGGGGCCCCCUUUUUCUUUUUUUACAAGGGCCCCGUUUGUUCCUUUUGGCCCUUUUUUUUAGGAAAAAAAAGCCCUUUGGAAAAAAUGAUGUCUCCACCCCCGGUUAAUAGGAUGGUUUUUCUUUUUAUGGCCCUAGUUCUUUUUCCCCAAACCCUGAAGCGGUUUAGUUUCCCCAAAAAAUUAUAAAGGGGGUUUUUUUUUCUAAAAGGGAAAAUUUCCCAAAAUUCUUUGGAACAUCCAAAUGCCCCAGGGGGCCCAAAAUUAUUUGGCUUAAGAGGGGGAACCCCGUUUUUAAAUCGGUUUGAAGCCGGGGGCCCAGGUGUUUUGUGGAAAGGGGUUUUAAUUUCCCCCCCACCUUGGAAGGUCACACAGGUCCCCCCGGUUGGUUCCCGGGAAAAUUUUUGGCCUUCCCCAACCCUUUUUAACAGACCCCCCGGGGUAGACUUUCGUGGACCCCCAAGAUCGGGGAAAAUUUUAGUGGUUAAAUUUAAAAAUUUUUAUUUCCCUAUUAAAUGGGGGCCCCCAAAAUUUUAUUUUUCAAACCAACCCCCUUACCUAUUUAAUUAAAUUCCUUCCCAAGCCGGUAAGGGGUUUUCCCCCCCCCCCCCCCCCCCCCCUUUUGGGGGCCUGGGGUUUCCUUUGGCGGGUCUGUCUUGGCCCUUUGGGGGGGAAAAGGGGCUUUUGAGGUUGGACCCCGGGGUUUUUUUCCCCGAUAACCCCAAAUUAAAAAGGGCCCUUUUUACAAAUUUUCAAUGGGAGGGGGAAAACCCCCUCUUUUAAAAGAAUUUCAGGUUUAACCAAAAUCUUCGGUUUUGGGGCCCAAAAACCUUUUUUCCCCUUUUUUCUUAAAAUUUAAAAAAAAUCAACGGGGUUUUUGGUUUUUUCCCAAUUUUUUUCCCCAAAACUUUGUCCAAGAAAAAAGGGUUUACAAAGUGGGGUUAGCCAAUGUCCCUUUUUUUCCCCUUAAAGAUUUUUUUUUUUUUUUUUUUUUUUUUUUUUUUUUUUUUUUUUUUUUUUUUUUUUUUUUUUUUUUUUUUUUUUUUUUUUUUUUUUUUUUUUUUUUUUUUUUUUUUUUUUUUUUUUUUUUUUUUUUUUUUUUUUUUUUUUUUUUUUUUUUUUUUUUUUUUUUUUUUUUUUUAAAAAAAAAAAAAAAAAAAAAAAAAAAAAAAAAAAAAAAAAAAAAAAAAAAAAAAAAAAAAAAAAAAAAAAAAAAAAAAAAAAAAAAAAAAAAAAAAAAAAAAAAAAAAAAAAAAAAAAAAAAAAAAAAAAAAAAAAAAAAAAAAAAAAAAAAAAAAAAAAAAAAAAGGGUUUAAGGGUGAUUGUUUAAAAACCAAAAUUUUGAUUUUUGAGAAAAAUUUUUUUUGGAAGGGGGGGGAAGGGAAGGAUUUUUUUAAAAACCCGGGAUUUUGUUUUUUGGGUUUUUUUAAUUAAAAAUGAAGGGUUUUUUUGUUUUUGUUUUCUACCUAGUUAUAGGCCAUGCAUCAGAAAACAUGGAUGAGUCCCAAACAGAAUUAUAAAAGCGGUGCACUCUAAAGAGGAAUAGGGUGCCUAUUGGGAUGCUGUAACAGUGGCCUAGAUGUGCAGUGUGCUAACUCAUUGAGUCUCUGAAAGAGAUAAUGUUGAGUCAACUCAGUCUUGUUUUUAACUCUGUCUUGUCAGAGACCAGCCCAGGAUGAUCUAUGUGGACAUACUGAAGUGUGCCACGACCACCAACGUGAUGGCAGCAGCGCUCGGAGGCGUACAGUGUCCUACCACACAGGUCAGACUCCAACUGUAGCAAUAUGAUCACAUCCGACCUAUCCCCAUCCGUUUAACCAGAGCCACGUAGGACAUAUGACAUAACAGAUAGGACAUAAUGCAUAGGGUACAGCAUAUAGCUUAGGACACAUACAACCUAAUAUAAUAAUCAAUAGUAUGGGGUCACAUCAUUUGAGUAAUAGGGUUUCAUUUGAGAUUUGACUCCCUCUCUCUCUUGGUGAUUUCACUCACCCUUUCGUUACCUAUGAUAAGUCACAUGUGAGAAUGCCGGAAAUCAAGGUUUGCCGUACACUAAUGUCUGGUCCCUCCCAUCUCUCUCUCCCUUCCUCUGCAGGUGUGUGUCCGUAAGUGUCCCUCUCAGUUCUGGAUGCUGUCUGCUGCUGCCUACGACCCCGAGGCCAAACCCAAAGACUUCUUCCAUCAGCAGUACUGUGACCACAGCCUCAACCUGACUACCACCACAUGGGUACAGGGCAUUUUACAAUGUUAUCAAUGUGCUUAUAGAGACUCGAACUGGGUGUGUGGGACCAUUAGUCCCAAGCAUUCUGUCAAGCAUAGCUAUAUACAGUACAGUGUAGCCAAUGUCUGUGUUUCAUUAUGAUUUAGAGGUUUAGGUUGAUUGUAAAACAUUUUGAUUUGAGACAUUUGUGGAGUGGAAAGGAUUAUAAACAGAUGUAGUUUCUAAAUGAGUGUGUCUGUUUUAAAAAUGCUUCUGUAUAUUGGCCAUCCUUCUAGUUAUGUUUGGUCCUAUACUCUCUCUUUCAGACUGUCCAACAGAUCCUUGAUGCAGAACUUUGUCCGUCGUUCCUUGUUCCAAGUAAAUCAGGUGAAGUAGUUUAACAUGGCAUCCAUCCUCACACCUACUCAUACUGACAUGACUGUUAAUGUCUACAUAAUCAUUGUACGGAGGAUAAAGUUAAACAGCAGGAAACUGAGAUGAAUCCACUUUGAACCUUUUACUCCCUCUACCCAUCCAUAUGUUGUUGUUUGAAUGUCUACAGCUCUGGGGAGGUGUUUGCCCAGUCUACACGCUCUCAAAAGUGCUCCCUCCAACUUCACUCUGCCCGGAAUGGCCUCCGUCAACGAGACAGUCAACAGCAUCAGAAGCGCCAUGGGGUACUUACUUACCACUUCAUCCAUUGAACUAACAUUCUACUGUGGAUACUAUACGUCUGUGUCCCAAAUGGCACUCUAUUCUACAUUUGACCAGGUCCCAUAGGGAAUAGGGUGCCAUUUGGGACACAACCUAUGUGUAGCUAAACAGAUCAUCACUGUCCGCUAACCUACUAUACCUUUCCAUUAUUCCAGAUCACUGAUAUCAGGCUUCAACAGAAAGACCAUAGGAGUGAGGAUCUUUGAGGACUUUGCCUCCUCCUGGUACUGGAUCUUACUGUAAGUCUGAUGUUCCAACUAUCUCACAGUGGGCGCACAGUACUACAUAGAGCCAUGGUUACAUGGAACUCUAUUCCACAUCAAGUAACUCACGCAAGCAGUAAAAACAUACAAAUACACCUUAUGGAACAGCGAGGACUGUGAAGAGUCACACACACAGGUACAAACACACACAUACAAACACACAUAACAUACACACUAUACACACACGUACACCUGGAUUGUGUGUUGUAGUAGAGUAGUGGCCCGAGGGCACACGCUUAAUGUAUUGUGAAAUCUGUUGUAAAAUAUAUUUUAAUGUUUAAAAAUUGUAUUAUAAUGUAUAUUACUGCCUUAAUUUUUGCUAGCAGCAGCUAAUGAGGAUCCAUAAUAAAUACAAAUACACAAUAUCCUUACUGAUCCACCAUAGUGUCUACAUCCUUACUGAUCCAUCAUAGUGUUUUCCUUAUGAAAAAGUUUUUAUGAACCAUUUGUUUAUCCUUUUGAAAAUUUCAUGUAGUUUUCCCCUUAGGGUUGGUGCGUAUUUUUUAUAUCCCCAGUUUUUUUUACACAACCCCUUUUUUCCACUGCCCAAACAUAUCCUUGAAACCUUGGUCUUUCCUUUUUGUUCCAAUUUUUGAAUAUUUUUCGGCCACCUUUUCUCCCUACUACCCCCAUAGGUUUUCCCUUACAUCCCCUUUGGGGUCAAGGAUGAUCCCCCAACAAAACUGAAUGGAUCCCUUUAACCUUUUAUCCUUACCCACCUAUUUUUUUUUGAAUUUUCUAACCUUAUGUCCCAAGGGUUCUUACCACUUCCAAAGUGUCUUUAAACUUCCCCUUGCCAAUCCUUUUGUCACCAACAAUUCACACCACCAGAACCCCGCCCCUUUUGGAAACCCCUUCUACCCCCUUCAACCCUUGACUCCCUUUUCUUACCAACUAUCCCCCGUUUUUCCCAUGCCCCUAUUUAACCUUUGACCACCAUGGAUAUCCACUUUCCCCCAACAACCUAUGUUAGGCUAACCACCUUCCUGUCCUAACCUACUAUACCUUUCAUAUCCAGAUCCCCUGUUUUUUCCCUUUUUCCCCAAGGGAACCUUUUAGAUAAAGGGAAUUUUUUAAACCCCCUUGCUUUCCUUACGACCCACCUUUUAACCCUUAUUCCACCUAUCAAACCUUUGGCCCCCUUUAAAAUUAACCAUGUCCCCCUGGCCUCCUUAAUCCCAUGAGUUUUAACCUUUACGCCCCCUGUUUUAAACUUACAUCCCCCACUUUUUAACCCCAGGCUUUUAGAUCCCCCAAAGGGGUUUCCCAAAAAAACCCAGGCCCCACAUUAAAAAACCCUAUACCACGACCCCCUUGAUUUUUUUGUAUAGGUUUUUUCCCGACCACCAAUGUUUUUAUGGUGUAUUAAUUUAUAAAACCCCAAUUUUUUAUGUUAAAAAUUAACUUACUGCCCCAAUUUUUUCCUACGCCCCUGGGUCAAUUACAUCCCCAAUUAUCCCUUACUGAUCCCCCAUAUGUCCUCCUUACUAAACCACCAAGUUCUUCCACUGAUCACAUAGGUCAAAUUUUUCUGAUCCACCAUAGGUCUAUACCCUUUGAUCCCCCAUUGUAAAUUUAUGACCCCCCUAGUUUUAACCUUUGAUCCACAUGUUCAAUCCUUAUGAUCCCCCAAAGGUCAACCUUACUGAUCCCCCUUUUCUAUUCCUUAUGACCACUUUGGGUCUUAUCCUUCUGACCCACCAUAGUUUAUAUCCUUACUGAUCCACCUAUGUUUUUCCUUACUGAUCCCCAUAUGCCCCUUCCCUUUCUUCACCUUGUAUACCCUUACUGACCCCCCAAGUGUCUUCCUUACUGAUCCCAUAGUGGCCCUUCUAUCUCCCAUGUGCCCCUAAAAAUCCUUUACUAAACCACCAAAAAGUGUCUAACCUACGACUCCCAUAGGCUAAUCUUACGGAUCCACCAUAGUGUUAAUCCACUGAUCACCAAGUGUCUUAUCCUUCUGAUCCACCAUUUCUAUAUCCUUAUGAUCCCCAUAGUGUCUAAUCCUUAGUCCACCAAGUGGUCUUUCCCUUUACUGAUCCCCAGUCUAUAUCCUUCCCUGUUCCCCAAGGUCUAAUCCAUGAUCACAAUAUUGUCUUCCUUUAGAUCCCCAUAGUGUCUUCCUUACUGACCCAUUAGUGUUUCCCCUUUACUGACCCCCAAAUGUGUCUAUACCUUCUGAUCUAAAAAAAUUUGUCUAUACCCUUUACUGAUCACCAUAUUUUGUAAAUUUCUCCUUACUGAUCCCCUAGUUCUAUUUUCCUUAUUCCCAUAGUGUCUAUUUCCUUACGUCCCAUAGUGUCAACCCUUUACUAUCCACCAUAGUUAUUCCUACUGAUCCACCAUAGUGUCCUUAUAUCCCCUUAUUUUACCAAAAACCAUGGGUUUCUUAUCCUUAUGAUCCCCCAUUGUCUAUAUCCUUACUUCCCCCAAGUGCCCCCUUUACUGAUCACCAUAUUUUCAAAAUUCCUUACUGAUCCCCCCAUAGUGUCUAUAUCCUUACUGACCCCCCUAGGUUUUUUAUAUCCUUUUCUUUCCGUUUCCCCAUAGUGUUUCCUUAUGACACCUAGGUUAUCCUUUUUAACCCACCAUAGUUUAUAUUUUUAAUCCCCCAAAUGGUUUCCUUACUGACCCCCAGGUAAAAAUCUUCUGAUCCACCUAGUGUCUUCCUACUACCACCAUGUCUUCCUUACUGCCCCAAAAUGUGCUAUAUCCUUAGACCCCAUAGUGCUAUACCUUAUGUCACAUGGUCUUCCUUAGCCCAUAGUGUCAAUACCCUUUACGACCCAAGGCUAUAUCCUUACUGAUCCACCAUGGUUUUCCCUUACUGAUCCCAUAUGUUCCCUUAUGACCACCAUAGUGUCUUCCUACUGAUCACAAUAGUGUUCUCCUUUUACUGACCCACCUGGGGGCGAUAUCCUUACGAUCCCCCUAGUUCUUCCUUCUGAUCCCCCAUAUUUCUAUUUUUUUACUGAUCCACCAUUUAUUUUUGUCAUAUCCUUACAUCUACCAUAUUUUGUAAAAUAUCCUUAUGACCCACCAUAUGUCUUCCUUACGACCCACCAUAGUUCUUCCUUCGGGAUCCCCAAGUGUCUAUAUCCUUAUAUCCCCAUAGUGUCUAUAUCCUUACUGAUCCCCAAAGUGUCUUCCUUACGAUCCACCAUAGUGUUUUUCCUACUGCCACCAUAUGUCUUUCCUUUACUGAUCCAAAAUAGGUCUUCCCCUUUCUGAUCCCCCAAGUGUCUUCCUUACGACCACCAUAUUGUCCUCCCUUACUGACCCACAAGUGUCUUUUUCUGACCACCAUACCCUUUACGACCCCACCAUUGUCUUCCCCUUACUUUUUCCACCUUUUUAUCCUUACUGAUCCACCAUUUCUUACGAUCCCCCAUAGUUCCCCCUUCUGACCCCAUAUUUCUUCCUUCGCCCACCAUAUGUCUAACCUUCUGAUCCCCUUUUCCUUACUGAUCCCCUAUGUCUUUCCUUUUGACCACCAUUGUUUCCCUUUCGCCCUUUUACUGUCCCCAAUUUUGUCCCCUUCUUUCCUUACGAUACCUAGGUCCUCCUUUACUGACCACCAUGUGUUCCCCUUUAUGUCACCAUGUGCCCUUACCCUUAUGACCACCUAUCCUUACUGAUCCCCAUAGGUCUCCCUUAUUUUGACCCACCAUAGUGUAUCUCCUUACUGAUCCACCAUAGUGUUCCCUUACUGCCCCAUUCUUCCUACUGACCCCCAUAUCCUUACUGACCCACCAUAUUUAAUACCCUUAUGAUCCCCAUACCUUACUGAUCCCCCCUAAAUCCUUACUGACCCAUAAGCCCCCCCAAUACCCUCUAUUCCACCAUAGGUCUUAUCCUUACUGAUCCCCCAUAGUGUCUCCCCUUUACGAACCCCCAUGUGUCCUCCUUAUGAUCUCCCAUAUGCUAUACCUUACUGACCCCCCAACCUUUACUGAUCCCCUAGUUUUCUCCUUACGAUCCACCAAGUGCGAUUCCCUUACUGAUCCACCAUAUUUCCCCCUUUACGUUCCACCAGGUGUCUAAUCCUUUGAUCCCCAUACCUUUACUAUCCACCAUACGUUAUAUCCUACUGUCCUACCAUAUCCUUUACUGAUCCACCAUAUCCCUUACUGAUCCACCAUAUCCUUACUGAUCCACCAUAUCCAUACUGAUCCACCAUAGUGUCUAUAUCCUUACUGAUCCACCAUAGUGUCUAUACCUUACUGAUCCACCAUAGUGUCUAUAUCCUUACUGAUCCACCAUAGUGUCUAUAUCCUUACUGAUCCACCAUAGUGUCUAUAUCCUUACUGAUCCACCAUACUGUCUUGAGAUCUGAGCCAAUGCUUUGUAGUCUUGUUCACCGCCAACCUAUAAACCUGGCAAUUGCUUUUCAACUAACCAAUGCAAAUGCUUGUCAACAUUUAAAUCAUUUAGCAGAAGCUCUUAUCCAGAGCGACUUACGGGAGCAAUUAGGGUUAAGUGCCAUGCUCAAGGGCACACCGACAGAUUUUUCCCCUAGUCGGCUUCUGGAUUCGAACCAGCGACCUUUCGGUUACUGGCCCAACGCUCUUAACCGCUAGGCUACCUGCCGCCCCAACCGGCAACAAUCAACCGGUACUAACGCUAGUAAACCAACUAACACUAAAUCUUGUCAGUCAACCAGCACCAACUAGUCCACUGGAGUGUUUUAUACUGUAUGCCUAUACCAUGCCUGAGCUGUCUCUGUUCCAAUAUCCACACUGUCCUACCACUUAGUAUGAAGCAAUGUGUUGACCAUGUAUUGGAAGUGGUAUGUCAGUAUAGACAUUGGAUGUCUCCUGUGUUUGCAGUGGUGGCUAUGGACAAUUGCUUGUCAACCAACCAACACUAAUGCCAGUCAAUCAGAGUGUUUUGCAUGCCCAUACCAUGACUCAUUUCAUUUCAUUUUCAUUUUAGUCAUUUAGCAGACGCUCUUAUCCAGAGCGACCUUACAGUUAGUGGGUGCAUAUAUUAUUUAAUUUUUUUCAUACUGGCCCCCCGUGGGAAUUGAACCCACAACCCUGGCGUUGCAAACGCCAUGCUCUACCAUCUGAGCUACAUCCCUGCCGCCCAUUCCCUCCCCUACACGGGUCUCCCGGUCGCGGCCGGCUACGACAGUCUGGAUUCGAACCAGGAUCUCUAGUGGCACAGCUAGCACUGCGAUGCAGUGCCUUAGACCACUGCGCCACUCGGGAGGCAAUCUGCUCUUCAACAGUGUGCUGUGUGCUGUGUUUGCAGUGGUCUGACGGUAGCUAUGGUAGUCAGUGUGGUGUUCCUGUUGCUGCUGAGGUACCUGGCCAUUGUCCUGGUCUGGAUUCUCAUGGUGGGACUUCUGGUGGUGGGAGGCUACGGUAAGUCUGGCUCAUACAGCCCUACAGCCUGGCCUGGACUAGAUUAAAAUGUGGAUGAUAUGUAGGUAUAAAGUGGUGGUGGUGUGUGUGCGCGUGUGUGUGUCUAUGUGUGUGUGCGCGUGUGCAUGCAGACAAGAAAUUCAAGGACCAAAAUGCUUUGCUUACUAUUUUCACUUUCCAUUUUUAAAAAUCUAGUGAUCACUAUUUUACACUCACAUACUAGCCUUAUAUGGUUUUCUGUUAAAUCUAGAAUGAUGACUGAAUUUGCAUAUGGGUUCUUCUCCUCUCCCAGGAAUAUGGCACUGCUACUCAGAAUACUACAAUUUCAGCACCUCCAAACUGAAGUUCAGUGAUCUAAGCUUCAAUACAAAUAUCUCAGUCUACCUUCAAGUCAGAGAGACCUGGCUUGCUUUCUGUGAGUUUGGUCAUUAUGUACCGUCUAUGGGUUGUAUAUUGGACCUGUAUCAGUGGAGGCUGCUGAGGGGAGGACGGCUCAUAAUAAUGGCUGGAACGGAGCUAAUGGAAUGGCAUCAAACACAUGCAAACCAUGUGUUUGAUGUAUUUGAUCCAUCCAUUACCACGAGCCCGUCCUCCCCAAUUAAGGUACCACCAACCUCCUGUGGCCUAUAUUGUUUUGGUGCUCGGUAGUCAAAGACUGGCAUAUGUUUUUAUUUAUUUAAUUUAACCUUUUUUAUCCAGGAUGUCCCAUUGAGGUCAGAAUACCUCUUUUACAAGGGAAACCUGGCCAACUCAAUAAAAUACACUAUAUACUUCUUUUCUCAGUGAUCAUCCUUUGCGUGGGGGAGUCCAUUUUGAUUCUGGUGCUUAGUUGUCUCAGGAGGAGACUCUCUGUUGCUGUUGCUGUCAUGGAGGAGUCCAGCAGGUUGGACUUUGCCUUUAGAUUUGAUUUAUUUAAUUUAUUUAUCAGUGUUUUAUCCUGUAUGAAAUGAGGUGUAAUGUGUGUGUUCUGUCUGCAGGGUGGUGGGUUACCUGAUGUCCACCCUGCUCUACCCUCUGUUUACCUUUGUUCUGCUGGUGGUGUGUGUUGCCUACUGGGGAAUGACCUCCCUGUAUCCUUUGGCCCUUCAUACAUGGGGUUUCCAUUUCCAAUGCUUUCUAAUGCAUAAGCUAAACGGUUAUUUUUACUGCUUAUUUUGUCAUGUGUGUUUUAGCCAGGGUUUGGAACAGGACAGAAAACCGGAAAAGAACGACAACAGAAUGAGAACCGGGAACGAAAGUCAUCUAUACUGUUCCGGAACAGAACCGUUAUUUUAAAAGCACGGGAACCUGUUAAUAACGACCUUUUAGGUUCCGGGCAUUUUUUUCCAGUCCCACAAAAAAACGCAACAAAGCGCCUAUAUAAAGCCCUCACUGUCACUCAGAAACGUAUUCCAGUGUCUGCCUGCCAGCUGAACAUCUUUACCAGUGUGUGUGUAGUAUACUUGCCCCUCCCCCUCUGAAGGAUAGUCACUAAGAGUGAUUCAGAAAUUAGUGAGAGAGAUUUUUAAUUAGAGAAGAAUGGAUUAACCUUUUCAGUCAUAGUUAAGGAUACUAUUGUUAUCACAUUUCACAUUGGAUUUAUUAAGUACAAAAAGUGUUUUUAUUUUAAUACUGGUGCCACUGCACACACAAGCUUGUGGUCCAACGUUAAGCCAACUCUCUGAAGUUCAAAGACAUUCAAAGUUCCUUCAUAGAAGCUGCUCCUCCGUAGGUAUAAUUCUGUGGGCCUAAUUCAGAUAAUGCAUGUCAUAAAAAGAUGCCCAGCGCUUCAAGCCUCCUCCUCCACCCUCUCUCGCUCUCUCCCCACCCGCAAAAUUUCAGUCGAGUCUCGUGCCAUACACUUGUCUGUCCAAUGCAUGUAAAUAGCUUGCCCGCUCCAUAACAAGCUGCUCUAUCCACACUAAUUGGUGAAGUAAUGUAAAGUCGAGCUAAAUGUAAAAAAAGAUUUCAGAGGUUUAAAAAGGAACAGAAAGGAACGAUAUAAACAAUUACUUUUUUUUGUUUCGAACCGGUUUCCUUGUCGGAACAGUGUAACGGAACAAAAAAAAAAAUUGGUUCUGUUCAGAACGAAACGAUUGGAAAAUAAUGUUGUUUUCAACCCCUGGUUUUAGCCUUUAGUUUGGUUGGGUCCUUGACUCGAGGCUCCCCACAGAUACUUGGUCACAUCAGGGGCCCCUCUCUACAGAGUGGUGUCUCUUAGCGACCCCUCUGUGGCUAUGUGUAGCCUCAUCAACGGCUCUGAGACCUGCAAGCCACAGGUAGAUGGCUUGGCUUCUAUUGGUUUCAAUUGACAAAUUAUUCUGAUGUCAGAACCUCAUGUUUGCACCCCACCUUGUAAUUACGUAAACUAUGGUAAACACUGCCUCCCACUUGUCUUAUAUUUUUUCCUCCUCUCCUGUCCUCUCCCUACCCAGACGUUCAACUCCUCUGCCUACCCAUACUGCCCGUCGGUGCGCUGCAUCUUCUUCAAGUACGAUGACGCAGGCCUGUUCCAGCAGAACCUGGUUUACCUGCAGGUCUACAACGUCUUUGCCUUCCUGUGGUGUGUUAACUUUGUCAUCGCCCUGGGCCAGUGUACCCUGGCUGGGACCUUCGCUUCUUACUACUGGGCCUUCAGCAAGCCUGCAGAAAUCUCACCCUUCGCCCUGUCCCAGUGCUUCAUACGCACUCUACAGUAAGACAUGAGGGACACAGGGUUUCUGUGGUUGGGGACAUAGGAUUGUGCCUUAAGCCAGAAAGCUUACCUAUCUUGAAUAUGAGAGCAUUAGUUGUAGUAGAUCAUGUAUAAGUAUAAUGAUGGGUCAAUGUGAAGAGAUAUUUAAAGUAAUCUCUUUUUAGACUUUGUGUCUAGUGUGGUGUAUUUCAGUAGCAGACAUUGGAUUCUGUUUGUGUGUUCAUGUGGAGUUCAAUAUGAAAUGGGUUUAUUUCUUCCAUUCCUGGAAGGUACCACGUGGGCUCUCUGGCAUUUGGAGCCCUCCUCCUCACCUGCUUCCAGCUAGUCAGGCUGGUGCUGGAGUACCUGGACCAUAAGACCAGGGGUAAGGCUACACGCACGCACGUACUAUUUUCCCAAACCCCUUGCCCUAACCCUUGCCCUAACCCUUGCCCUAACCCUUAAUCCUAACCCGAAAACAUAACCUUAACCCUAAACCUAGUCCUAGCUCCUAACCCUAACCUUAAACUUAAUUCUAAUCCUAAUACUAAUUCUAACCUUAACCCUAAACCCCCUAGAAAUAGCAUUUUACCUUCUGGGGACCGACAAAAUGUCCCCAGUUGGUCAACUUUUUGUUAGUUUACUAUGCUAUAGUUAAACAUGUCCACACACACACGUCCACACGCACACACACACACACACACACACACACACACACACACACACACACACACACACACACACACACACACACACACACACACACACACAGCUUCAUUGUCAUCCACUAGUAUGCACAGAUAGAUGUGUUUAUGUAGUUUUAUGAGUCAUUGACUGAAGGGAAUCUCCUGUUGAUGUGACUGUAUGAUUCCCCAGUCAUUGACUAAAGGGAAUCCCAUGUUGUAAUGUGUCUCCAGGUUCUCAGAGUGCCUUUGGUCGGUUCCUGUUCAACUGUCUCAGAUGCUGCUUCUGGUGUCUGGAAUACUUCCUGAAGGUCCUUAACAGGAACGCUUACAUCAUGGUCAGUCACAUGACUGUCUGUCACUGUCUGGCAUUCCUUUUAGCAGCCAUUAGCAUCCAUGUACCUCUUCUUGCUCUGUUGGUCAUUUAUUCUUGGUAAAUGAAAAUGCAGUUCAUACUUGUCAGUAAUGUCUUGCAUCAUUCUGAAUGAUUGAUAGAUUGCCAUCUAUGGGGAGAGCUUCUGUGUGUCAGCCAAAAAUGCAUACAGUCUGUUGAUGAGGAACAUCGAACGGUAAGACUGGGUUUAUUUGGUCGGUUGAUUUUCUGCGCUUUGUUUCCUGCUCUCUCUUUUUUAACGUUUUUUUUUUAGUUUACUUCCAAUAUAGUCAAAGACGUUGAUAUUGGUUUCUAUGUAAGAUGCUACCACAUUGUCGAUUCUUAAAUGUGUAAUCCACUCAUUGUCCCCAGGGUGGUGCUACUGGACAGAGUGACAGACAUGCUCCUAUUCUUUGGCAAACUACUAGUGGUGGCAUCAGUUGGUAAGAGAAGUUUACGUUAACUCAAAUUUGUUUAAACUUUAAGUAUGAGUACCAGCCUGAAAUCCAGUCUGUUUCUGCCAACAUUCCACUACUUGCCAAUCCUUGUCAUACCAAACAUGUUAAUAUAAGCACAAACUGACUGGAUUUCAGGCUAAAUGAUACUGUGUUUAAUAGAUUUUGUAUGAAAGACUGCACUUCUCAUAUUAUUAGAAUCUUCAUACACAUUAAAUAGUAUCAGCAUAUUACUAUAACUAUGGCAUUUGCCAUUUUAUCUUCAGUGGUUGUGUUUAUUAUCAGCAUCUUAUUUUCCUUCGCUAAUGAAGUAUGACUAAUAUAAUGAUCUAAUGGCUGACCUGACCUGUCUCUGUUUUAUCAGGUGGGCUGGCUUUCUUCUUCUUCUCUGGACAAAUCCGCCUGCCUGGCAACACGUUCCAGGCUGAGAUGCUCAACUAUUACUGGGUUCCCAUCGUGGUACGUCCAUGCAACAGUGUUGUUGCCAAACACUGAACACUCCCAGUCCUUCACUGACAUUCUGUCUCAAUGAACACAUUGACAUUUAACAGUGCCUAGUUAAAUAAAGGUGAAAUAAAAUAAAAAUAAAAAGAUGAGACCAGCGUUUUCCAAACUUGGUCCUCAGUGCCCCUAGGGGUGCAAAUUUAGUUUUUUGCCCCAACACUACAUAGCUGAUUCAAAUGAUCAAAGCUUGAUGAUUAGUUGAUUAUUUGAAUCAGCUGUGUAGUGCUAGGUCAAUAUCCAAAACAUGCACCCCUUGGGGUCCCGAGGACCGAGUUUGGGAAACCCUGCAUUAGACGUUGUACGCAGGUUUGAAAUGCGUUUAGAAAUGAGAUAAUGAAAAUGGCUGACGUAUGCGUUUUCAUUUCGGUUUGUUCACUGUUGAACUUUGUCGAACCUCCUUUGAUAUGAGAUUAGUAAGGCAGUAUUUCUAAAGGUACAUGUACUGUAUGUAUCCAGGCUCUGUCGUAGCCAGCCGCGACCGGGAGACCCAUGGGGCGGCGCACAAUUGGCCCAGUGUCAUCCAGGGUAGGGGAGGGAAUGGCCGGCAGGGAUGUAGCUCAGUUGGUAGAGCAUGGUGUUUGCAACGCCAGGGUUGUGGGUUCGAUUCCCACAGGGGGACAGUAUGAAAAAACCCCAUAAAAAAAAACGUUUAAAAAACUGUAUGCACUCACUAACUGUAAGUCGCUCUGGAUAAGAGCGUCUGCUAAAUGACUAAAAAUGUAAAUGUAAAAAAUGUCAGCAUUGUAUGGAUUGGUACCGUUAUAACGCAUGCAGUUAUGUUGUGGUAAUGUUGCUCUGCAGACAGUGAUGGCGGGAGCCUACCUCAUCGCUCAGGGCUUCUUCAGUGUCUACAGCAUGUGUAUUGAUACCCUGUUCCUCUGCUUCUGUAAGUCCUACCACCACCUAACCCACCACCACCACCUAACCUACCAACACCACUCUACCACCAUCACCUAACCCACCACCACCACCUAACCCUCCAACUCCACCCUACCACCACCACCCUGCCACCACCACCUAACCCACCACCCUACCACCCUACCACCACCACCUAACCCUCCAACACCACCUAACCCUCCAAACCCUACACCACAACACCACCUUACCCUCCAACGCCUACACCACAACACCACCUUACCCUCCAACACCUACACCAUAACACCACCUAACCCUCCAACACCUACACCACAACACCACCUUACCCUCCAACACCUACGCCACAACACCACCUUACCCUCCAACCCCUACACCACAACACCACCUUACCCUCCAACAUCUACACCACAACACCACCUUACCCUCCAACGCCUACACCACCUUACCUUCCAACCCCUACCUACACCACAACACCACCUAACCUUCCAACCCCUACCUACACCACAACACCACCUAACCUUUCCAAUACCUACAUCACAACACCAGCUUACCCUCCAACACCACCUUACCCUCCAACACCUACACCACAACACCAGCUUACCCUCCAAUACCUACAUCACAACACCACCUUACCCUCCAACAGGGUAAGGUGGUGUUGUGGUACAGUAGAGUAAGGUAUAGAAUAGUAAGGUAUAAUAUAGUAAGGUAUAGUAUAGUAAGGUAUAAUAUAGUAAUUUAUAAUAUAGUAAGGUAUAGUAUAGUCAGGUAUAAUAUACAGUGAGGGAAAAAAGUAUUUGAUCCCCUGCUGAUUUUGUACGUUUGCCCACUGACAAAGACAUGAUCAGUCUAUAAUUUUAAUGGUAGGUUUAUUUGAACAGUGAGAGACAGAAUAUCAACAAAAAAAAUACUGAAAAAUGCAUGUCAAAAAUGUUAUAAAUUGAUUUGCAUUUUAAUGAGGGAAAUAAGUAUUUGACCCCUCUGCAAAACAUGACUUAGUACUUGGUGGUAAAACCCUUGUUGGCAAUCACAGAGGUCAGACGUUUCUUGUAGUUGGCCACCAGGUUUGCAAACAUCACAGGAGGGAUUUUGUCCCACUCCUCUUUGCAGAUCUUCUCCAAGUCAUUAAGGUUUCGAGCCUGACGUUUGGCAACUGGAACCUUCAGCUCCCUCCACAGAUUUUCUAUGGGAUUAAGGUCUGGAGACUGGCUAGGCCACUCCAGGACCUUAAUGUGCUUCUUCUUGAGCCACUCCUUUGUUGCCUUGGCCAUGUGUUUUGGGUCAUUGUCAUGCUGGAAUACCCAUCCACGACCCAUUUUCAAUGCCCUGGCUGAGAGAAGGAGGUUCUCACCCAAGAUUUGACGGUAAAUCGCCCCGUUCAUCGUCCCUUUGAUGCGGUGAAGUUGUCCUGUCCCCUUAGCAGAAAAACACCCCCAAAGCAUAAUGUUUCCACCUCCAUGUUUGACGGUGGGGAUGGUGUUCUUGGGGUCAUAGGCAGCAUUCCUCCUCCUCCAAACAUGGCGAGUUGAGUUGAUGCCAAAGAGCUCCAUUUUGGUCUCAUCUGACCACAACACUUUCACCCAGUUCUCCUCUGAAUCAUUCAGAUGUUAAUUGGCAAACUUCAGACGGGCCUGUAUAUGUGCUUUCUUGAGCAGGGGGACCUUGUGGGCGCUGCAGGAUAUAUCAGUCCUUCACGGCGUAGUGUGUUACCAAUUGUUUUCUUGGUGACUAUGGUCCCAGCUGCCUUGAGAUCAUUGACAAGAUCCUCCCGUGUAGUUCUGGGCUGAUUCCUCACCGUUCUCAUGAUCAUUGCAACUCCACGAGGUGAGAUCUUGCAUGGAGUCCCAGGCCGAGGGAGAUUGACAGUUAUUUUGUGUUUCUUCCAUUUGCGAAUAAUCGCACCAACUAUUGUCACCUUCUCACCAAGCUGCUUGGCAAUGGUCUUGUAGCCCAUCCUUGGAGAGCUCUUUGGUCUUGGCCAUGGUGGAGAGUUUGGAAUCUGAUUGAUUGAUUGCUUCUGUGGACAGGUGUCUUUUAUACAGGUAACAAGCUGAGAUUAGGAGCACUCCCUUUAAGAGUGUGCACCUAAUCUCAGCUCGUUACCUGUAUAAAAGACACCUGGGAGCCAGAAAUCUUUCUGAUUGAGAGGGGGUCAAAUACUUAUUUCCCUCAUUAAAAUGCAAAUCAAUUUAUAACAUUUUUGACAUGCGUUUUUCUGGAAUUUUUUGUUGUUAUUCUGUCUCUCACUGUUCAAAUAAACCUACCAUUAAAAUUAUAGACUGAUCAUUUCUUUGUCAGUGGGCAAAUGUACAAAAUCAGCAGGGGAUCAAAUACUUUUUUCCCUCACUGUAGUAAGGUAUAGUAAGGUAUAGAAUAGUCAGGUAUAAUAUAGUAAGGUAUAAUAUAGUAAGGUAUAGUAUAGUAUAGUAAGGUAUAAUAUAGUAAGGUAUAAUAUAGUAAGGUAUAGUAUAGUAUAGUAAGGUAUAGUAUAUUAAGGUAUAAUAUAGUAAGGUAUAGGAUAGUAUAGUAAGGUACAGUAUAGUAAGGUACAGUAUAGUAAGAUACUGUAUAGUAAGGUACAGUAGAGUAAGGUACAGUAGAGUAAGGUACAGUGGCUCGCGAAAGUAUUCACUCCCCUUGGCAUUUUUCCUAUUUUGUUGCCUUACAACCUGGAAUUAAAAUUGAUUUUUGGGGGGUUUGUCUCAUUUGAUUUACACAACAUGCCUACCACUUUGAAGAUGCAAAAUAUUUUUGGGGUGAAACAAACAAGAAAUAAGACAAAAAAACAGAACUUGAGCGUGCAUAACUAUUCACCCCCCUCUAAAGUCAAUACUUUGUAGAGCCACCUUUUGCAGCAAUUACAGCUGCAAGUGUCUUGGGGUAUGUCUCUAUAAGCUUGGCACAUCUAGCCACUGGGAUUUUUGCCCAUUCUUCAAGGCAAAACUGCUCCUCUCCUUCAAGUUGGAUGGGUUCCGCUGGUGUACAGCAAUCUUUAAGUCAUACCACAGAUUCUCAAUUGGAUUAAGGUCUGGGCUUUGACUAGGCCAUUCCAAGACAUUUAAAUGUUUUCCCUUAAACCACUCGAGUGUUGCUUUAGCAGUAUGCUUAGGGUCAUUGUCCUGCUGGAAGGUGAACCUCCAUCCCAGUCUCAAAUCUCUAGAAGACUGAAACAAGUUUCCCUCAAUAAUUUCCCUGUAUUUAGCACCAUCCGUCAUUCCUUCAAUUCUGACCAGUUUCCCAGUCCCUGCCGAUGAAAAACAUCCCCACAGCAUGAUGCUGCCACCACCAUGCUUCACUGUGGGGAUGGUGUUCUCUGGGUGUUGAGAGUUGUUGGGUUUGUGCCAGACAUAGCAUUUUCCUUGAUGGCCAAAAAGCUCAAUUUAGUAUCAUCUGACCAGAGUACCUUCUUCCAUAUGUUUGGGGAGUCUCCCACAUGCCUUUUGGCGAACACCAAACGUGUUAGCUUAUUUUUUUCUUUAAGCAAUGGCUUUUUUCUGGCCACUCUUCCGUAAAGCCCAGUUCUGUGGAGUGUACGGCUUAAAGUGGUCCUGUGGACAGAUACUCCAAUCUCCGCUGUAGAGCUUUGCAGCUCCUUCAGGGUUAUCAUUGGUCUCUUUGUUACCUCUCUGAUUAAUGCCCUCCUUGCCUGGUCCGUGAGUUUUGGUGGGCGGCCCUCUCUUGGCAGGUUUGUUGUGGUGCCAUAUUCUUUCCAUUUUCUAAUAAUGGAUUUAAUGAUGCUCUGUGGGAUAUUCAAAGUUUCUGAUAUUUUUUUAUAACCCAACCCUGAUCUCUACUUCUCCACAACUUUGUCCCUGACCUGUUUGGAGAGCUCCUUGGUCUUCAUGGUGCCGCUUGCUUGGUGGUGCCCCUUGCUUAGUGGUGUUGCAGACUCUGGGGCCUUUCAGAACAGGUGUAUAUAUACUGAGAUCAUGUGACAUAUCAUUUGACACUUAAAUAAAGUCCACCAGUGUGCAAUCUAACUAAUUAUGUGACUUCUGAAGGUAAUUGGUUGCACCAGAUCUUAUUUAGGGGCUUCAUAGCAACAAUUUUCAGUUAUUUAUUUUUUUGAAUUUUUUGAAACAGUUAAUUUUUUUCAUUCCACUUCACCAAUUUGGACUAUUUUGUGUAUGUCCAUUACAUGAAAUCCAAAUAAAAAUCAAUUUAAAUUACAGGUUGUAAUGCAACAAAAUAGGAAAAACGCCAAGGGGGAUGAAUACUUUUUGCAAGGCACUGUACAGUAGAGUAAAGUAUAGUAUAGUAGAGUAAGGUAUAGUAAGGUAUAGUAAAGUACGGUAUAGGAAAGUACGGUAUAGUAGAGUACGGUAUAGUAUAGUACGGUAUAGUAGAGUAGGGUAUAGUAGAGUAAGGUAUAGUAAGGUAUAGUAGAGUAGGUAUAGUAAGGUAUAGUAGAGUAGGUAUAGUAGAUAGGUAUAGUAGGUAUCGUAGAGUAUGGUCUAGUAAGGUAUAGUAUAGUAAGGUAUAGUUAGUAAGGUAUAGUCAGAGUAAGUCUAGUACAGUCUAGUAUAGUCGGUUAGUGUAGGUAUCGUAUAGUUUACGGUUAUCGUAGAGUACGGUCUAGUUCGGUAUGUAGCGGAAGUAGCGUCGGUCUAGUCGCUCGGUCUGUAGAUCGUAUCGUCCGGUCUAGUAGAGUCGGUUAGUAGGUUGUUAGUCCGGUCGGUUAGCGUAGGUCUCGUCGGUCGGGUCUCGUAGGUACGGUCUCGUACGUGGUUCGUCGCGUAGGGUCUCUCGCGUAGUCUCGUCUCUCGGUUCUCGUCGGGUAAGUCCGUCUAGUAGCGAGUCUCGUAGGUUCUUCUGUCGGUCUGUCGCGUAUGGUCUCGUUCUGGUUGUAUCGUAAGGUCUGUAGUAGGUCUGUCGCGUAGGGUUCUACGUCGCGUCGGGUCUCGUCGCGUAGGGUCUCGUGGGUAUGGGUAUCGUAGAGUACGGUUAUGCAGAGUAGUCAACGUACAUAGUAGAGUAGUAGGAGUGACUCCAGAUGUUUCUUCCCUCACUCAGUGGAACGAUCUAGAGAGGAAUGAUGGAACUAUGCAGAAGCCUUAUUACAUGUCCAGGAACCUGAUGAGGAUCCUCCGUAAACCCAAACCGUUUGUUACAGCCCUGCCGGAG